ACCAUGGCAUUUGCUUGCUAUCGUAUCAGUUCAUUUUUUUACAUUUAGUGAGACUGAAACACAAGCUCCGCCAUGACAAGGUGUACUAUGAAUCUGAAGAAGAGAGUUUUCAUUAUCGUCGUCUCCUGUCUGGCAGUCUUCUCCGCCAUGGUAUUUCUGGUCAGUCUUCCCGGUCAGCUGUCCCUGGCCCUUCGAGAAGAUUCCGACUGCAGCAGGAUGGAGACAAUACCCUGGGAGCGCAGAAGCGUGUCCACCAUGCGGGAGGACUACGUGAAGCCCACCCGGAUCAAGCUGGACUUUGUAGAAGAGGGUUUUCUCUACCAGAACUGCUGUGGCAGACCCAAUGAAACAGCCUUCAAGUUUAUAGAGCCACCCCAGUACCUAGACAACAGCAAGUCGCCAUGCUGGUACAACUCCUCUGGGCUGCUCAGCUGCGUACCCUACUUCUUCGUGGUGGGUGUCUUCAAGUGCGGAACUACCGACCUGUUUAAGCGAAUCACCAGGCACCCGGAUGUGCUGAUGGGUCAGAAGGAAAUCCACUGGUUCACCAAGUUGCGGCGCUUUGGUUACAGCUUCGACUGGUACAUCAACCAGUUUGACCCGCUGGCUCGAGCAAUCGACGCAGAUAUCAAGCGAAAAGGAAGGUCUGAUCUGGUGAUUGGAGAAGGAAGUGUGAGUUAUUUCUCCGACACACUCAUGUGGCCAAAUCUCUAUGGCAAGAGUUUGUGCAGAGCCUCGACACACGGUGGCCGCUCAUAUUCCACCACCUAA